CAAUCACCAUCGAUUUUCGCUCCAACUAUAAAUCUUAGAAGGAUAAUCAAAUUGAAAAGUCCAAGUUUAGAAGCUCAAUUCUUGAAGACCGUUAAGAAUUCCAAAUUAAAAAGGUUUGUAUUUUUAUAUUUUCGUUCAAAAGUUAUAAAAUGAUGACACUAUAGUAUUACUAUAUGUAAUGCAAUAUUUAAAUUUAUAUACAAUUAGGUACGAGAUAUGACAAGGCGUUGAAUGCAGACAUAAUGGCCAAAGAACAAAUCAACAGGAUUGUACUUUGUUUUCCAUUUUUUUCCUGUUUGUAUAACGUAUGUAUAUAUGCAUGAAGAUUAUGCUAAUUAAUUAAAGUUUUUGAGUUUUUGAAAAAUUGGGUUAAUGUAUAUUUGGGGUUUGGAUAAUCAAAUAUUUGUAAUGUGUAGCUUGUGUAUUAAAUAGAAGGAAAGUAAGUUCAUGUGAUAUUUGUGAAUUUGUGUAUAUAAGUAGCUACGUUUGUAUCUUUUAGGCUUUAUUAACUUGGACUGGUUGAUUGUAUGAGAGGAAGAAGAUACUUGAUAAUUAAACCUCUACAUGGCAACCAAAACAAGAUGAUGGAUAAUAAAAAAAAAAAACAACACACAGAAGAAAAACACAGUUUUAGUUUUAAUAUAAGGAUAUUGUAUCCUUUUUACAAAUUACAAACUAAAAAGAAAGUAUGUGAACAUUAAAGUUGUCAAUUUCUAGAGAGAUCAUAGAGUAAAUCUCUACAUAUAUGAAAUAUAAAACUAGUGCAUUCCAUUCACAUAUUAAUUUUUUUAUGUAAUACAUUAUUUGUAAGUAAUAAACUAAUAAUACAUCCAUAACUAAGAAAAUAAGAAGGUGAAAAACAAUAUAUAAAAUAAAAUUUAGUUAAGCUAUGCAUGCUUGAAGCUCCUCGUUGAAGGAACGAUCGAUUCAGAAACAACAAAGACUAUAUAUCACUUUGGAGGCGGCUUGAUUGUGACAUGGUUCCUUGCCUCGACCUCGGUCACGAUCAUCAUUACCAUCAUCAAAACGAUGACGAAGGAGGCGAUUAGGGUUUUCUUUUCGAUAGCCAUAAUGUUUAAUAAGCUCUUAAACGGGUCUUGUUUUUUUUUUUGGUCUCUUUCUUGUUAGUAGUUCUUGAUUAACUUAACAACGUAUUUAUAUGCAAAACCAAACUUCUAUAAAUAGUGAAUUUCUAAUUUAAAAAUUUUGUGGACUGUUUCAAUCGUCUUUUCUUAGAUAUUGGUCAAAUGAUUACUAACAUUGUUUAGAUGGAAUUCUAAAAUAGUAGGAUUUGAUAAUGUAUGACAAAAAAAUUGCCAAAAAGUAAUAACCACUAAUUGUUUCUUCCACAUUUUCAUAAGUGUCCUUUUUUACUUUAGAUACAUCUCAUACAAAUUAAGAUUAGUUUUAAUAAUGUAGACGUAAUCAUAACUUAAAAUGCAUUUGAUGAUAAUGACUUUAAAUAUCCAUAGAGCUUUGUGUAAAUGGAAAACUAUCUAAAGCUAAUUGUGUGGUCGGUCCACAUAUGGUUUUGAUGUAUAUGAAUCUCACCCAUAAUGUACCCAAAAACCUUAUGUUAGAUCCCAAUUAGGUCCAACACGAUGACUUUCUUCUCAUUCUUAUUACAAGAAUACUCUCUUAAAAAGAAAAGGUUCCAUAUCUUUCAUUCAUGUUAAAGAAGAACAAUAACAAUGGCUGCUAAAACACAACCAUCUUCUUCUUCAUUACUACUCAUGUCCUUGCUCUUACUACUUGUUUCACUCAUUUUCCCUUCAUCAGUUCUCUCAGCCACUCUUCGAUCUGAUAUCCAAGCUCUAGAGUCUAUCAUACGGAGCAUUGAUCCAAGUUCCAUCUCCCCUUCCUCUUACCUCAGCACAUGGGACUUCUCUGAAGACCCAUGUGAAGGCUCAGGGACGUUCUUAGGAGUCAUGUGUUCUUUCCCUCUUGAAAACACAACCAGCAGAGUCACAGAGAUCGACCUUGACGAUGAUGGCUACGAAGGUUUCCUCUCUGAUGAAGUAGGGAACCUUACAGAGCUCACGGUCCUUAGCCUCAGCAGGAACAGGUUCCGCGGUCCAAUGCCAGAAACUGUCUUCCAACUCAAGAAACUCACCAAACUCUCCCUCUCUGAAAACCUCUUCACUGGAGACAUAACACCAGGAAUCACCUGGCUCAAAGAGCUCAAAACCAUAGACCUGUCCAAGAACAGCAUUGCGGGCGAGAUCCCUCCAAGGAUCUCAUCCUUGAGAAGCUUGACUCACCUGAUCCUAUCAAACAACCAUCUAGACGGGAGAAUACCUCCACUCAACGGCUUGUGGAAGCUACAAGCGUUGGAACUCGGUAACAAUCACCUUUCCGGAACCCUCCCUAAGCUUCCUCCAAGUCUAAGAACUCUAUCUCUCUGCUACAACAGCCUCGCAGGACGCAUAUCGCCUCUGCAUAGGCUGAAACACCUUGUGUCACUAGAUGUGAGCCAGAACAGAUUCUCAGGCACCAUUGGCCACCAAAUCCUAACGUUCCCAGAGAUAUCUCACAUCAAUGUAUCAUUUAACCAUUUCACAUCCAUAGAGGUUGUUCAGGUUACAGGCAUUGAGUCCCGCCUGCGGAUACUUGACGCUGAAGGAAACCAACUACAGGGUCACCUUCCACUGAACCUGCCGACUUAUGGAAACUUGAAGGAUAUCAAUCUAAGGAGCAACAAGUUCUCCGGAGACAUUCCGAGGAUUUAUGGGAAAAGACUUGAGAAUUCAUGGAGAAGCUUGUACUUGGAGAACAACUACCUCACAGGUUUGCUUCCUGAAGAGUUUCUAAGGCUCUCCAGACAGGUCAGAGGAAGCCUUUCCAAUAACUGUCUGCAGUGUCCAAAGAACGUUCCAAUCUGCAAAGGAGUACAAAAGGCGAAAUCGCAAUGCACCAAUGCAAUGCAGGUGGAGGGCUUGGAGUAGGGAUCAUACACAUGGGAA